AUGGACACCCUACCACCCGAACUCAAGCAACGCGUCUGCAGUUAUCUCACGCCCAGAGAUCUCAAGUCUUUUAGACUCACCUCGACGGACUAUGCUGCUGCCGCUUCCCGCUAUCUUCUGCCGCGCAUCUUUCUUCUCAAUCACCCGGACAGCUUUCAGGAGGUCCGGGACAUCGUCAACCACCCGGAGCUUAGCCAGCAGGUGACCACCCUGGUUAUCGAUGUCUGUCGUCUGAAGCAGUGCCCGAGAUACGAUCAUUGGGCCCUUGUCUUCGCAGCUCCUAGUCCGGCGUCAACAGGCAACCAAGGUUCCGUGGAAGCGAGAGCUAUUACGACUGGGGACAUUGAUGCUCGAUCGGAAAGGAUCUUGCGUCGGGAAAAGAAUCUGGAACAAUGGAAGUCAUACCAAAUUCAGGCUCGCGCCCAAGCGAAAAGGUCCACGGAGAAGCUCAUGCUGGAGUGUAUCGCUCUCGCAUUCCAGAAAUGUCCAAAAUUAAGAAGUCUCAUCAUCGACUUCGAGCCCGAGAUUAUAGAGCAAUGGGCACCACUGGCCGAGAAGAACAGGAUUGCUUGUGGAUUGAUCGAGAAGAGAAACCACUUUUAUCGAGACAUCUUCUCGUCACCUGCCACGAGAACAGGUUUCUCACACAGAUUAUAUUGGGACUACAUAAGAUUUGACUUAUGGGACAUUCUCAAGCCUGUUCAUGAUGUCGAUCGCGCGCUAGAAUCUCUGGCAGUCCUUGACAGUAUGUACAGCUCAGGCAGUCAAGGCUGGACUCUUCCUACGACAUCGAUCUUCCGCAACUUGAAGCACCUUCGGGAGAGUCUUUGCUCUCCAGACUUCCUAAUAUCCAUUGUGGCUUGCGCACCAAAGCUGGAAAGUCUUGGUGUGGUUGACUAUCAAUAUGAUCGCUUCACGGCCUCUCCACUGCAAAGUUUGCUGGAAAAGACUUCUUUAAAAAGUCUUCGAGCUUGCAGUCUAAGGUGCAAUAGCGAUGGAGAUGCCAUAGCGCGGUUCGUAUUGCGCCAGUCGGGAACGCUGCAAAGUUUCACACUCCGUCAUAUGGGCAUGCUAUCUCCAUCUUCGACAAUGUGGACAUCGUUCGCUGCGCGCCUGAAGGGUCAACUGCCUCACCUAAAACGUCUCAAGCUCAUUAACCUGACCAAGCCUCUCGCCUUUGAUCCGACAACAGGUUUCCCUCAUCCAGUCGAAUUCCUCACUCCAGACGACAUACUACAAGAUCAUGGGCAUGAGUUGCAGACGGGACCAAUGGAGCUCGAAAAUGGACUCUGGGAGGAUUACGAAUUGAGGUUCUUCCCACAGUGAACAAGAACCCUGAGGAUAAAGAUGCGCAAGGAUGGGAAUACAGAAUGAGCAAAAAGCGAACUCGCCAUAGACAGAGCGAACGGCUUAUCACAGAUAUCGAUUGCUUUCGAAUGGAAGCUGAAAUCGGUCAUGGAGGAACAGACCCACGAGGACGAUCAAGAAAGAUGGCCAAUGGAAAGGCGAGACCCAAAUUGCUUUCCAUAUCAGAAGCACUUAGACAGAGAACUAAAUGAACACG